AUGCCUAGUCGUCCGGGAGCGAGAGCGGAUAGAUUUGCCGGCGCCCUGGCCAGGAAAGAUACUGGCCUGAGCCUGGGUCCAGGCAUUGAGUUGCUGACAACUCCCCCGACCCCUCCAGGGCCUCCAGCCAUGGACUUGGAGGAGCCCAGGGACACACUUGCACCCUCUCAGGACCUCACCACUGACUGCCAGUGGAAUCCAGUGCAAGGAGGCCCAUGCAGCCCGAGUCAGAUGGAUCUUGACAGGCCAAAUAUUCAGGAUCUAGUGCAACAGUUUGAGGCUCUGCCGGGUGACCUUGUGGGCCUGUCCUCAGGUGGACUCCCCUGCCCUCUGCACAUUGCCACAGGUCACGGCCGGCCCCCCCAGGACGUGGCUGAUGCCCACGGGCUCUUGUCUGCUGAGGCUGGCAGGGACGACCUGCUGAGCCUUUUGCAUCUUGAGAAGUGUCCUCCUUCCCCAUCUUGUCCCAAGGAGCCUCCAGACCCUGCUCCUCGCCUGUUGCAGCCCCCUGAGGACUCAAAUGGGGAUACUGGCCCCCCGGAAUGGGCAGAGGAAGCCUCUGCUGAGCAGUGUGGCAGCAAGAGCUCAAGCAGUUCCCCGGAACCCUGGCUGGAGACAGUCCCUCUGAUUGCUCCUGAAAAGCAGCCUGCCAAUGCCCAGAACCCUGAGACCGUGGCUUCAUACCCUGCUCUCCAGGAGGUAUCAGGUCCCUGUGACCGUGAAGACCUCCGCGAUGGUGUCAUAUUUGGGGCCAAAUACCUGGGUUCCACCCAGCUGGUGUCCGAGAGGAACCCACCUCCCAGCACUCGAAUGGCGCAGGCCCAGGAGGCCAUGGACCGCGUCAAGGCCCCUGAUGGGGAGACCCAGCCCAUGACGGAGGUGGACCUCUUCAUCUCCACCAAGAGGAUCAAGGUUCUGACAGCUGACUCCCAGGAGGCCAUGAUGGACCAUGCCCUACAGACCAUCUCCUACAUUGCUGACAUUGGCAGCGUGCUGGUGAUCAUGGCCCGCAGGCGGCUGGCCAGACAGCCAGCAUCCCAGGCCCAUGGCCGCCGGCUAUACAAGAUGAUCUGCCAUGUUUUUCACUCAGAUGAUGCCCAGCUCGUUGCUCAGGCCAUCGGCCAAGCCUUUGCUGUGGCCUACAGCCAGUUCCUGCAGGAAAGUGGCAUUGACCCCAGCAAGGUGGGUGCCCAGCCAAGUCAGGGGGCUCCGGGCUCUGGCUACCUCCACAACGGGGACCUCGACCACUUCUCCAAUAGCGAGAACUGCAGGGAGGUGGUCAUCGAGAAGCGCCAGGGUGAGGGCUUGGGUGUGGCCCUGGUGGAGUCAGGCUGGGGCUCCUUGCUACCUACAGCUGUCAUUGCCAACCUGCUGCACGGGGGCCCCGCUGAGCGCUCAGGGGCCCUCAGCAUCGGGGACCGCCUUACUGCCAUCAAUGGGACCAGUCUAGUGGGGCUGCCCCUGGCCACUGUCCAAGCUGCCGUACGCGAGGUAAAGUCGCAGACGUUGGUGACUCUCAGCAUCAUCCACUGUCCACCGGUCACCACAGCCAUCAUCCACCGGCCCCACACCCGCGAGCAGCUGGGCUUCUGCGUGGAAGAUGGCAUCAUCUGCAGUCUCCUGCGUGGUGGCAUCGCUGAGCGUGGGGGCGUUCGUGUGGGACACCGAAUCAUCGAGAUCAACGGGCACAGUGUGGUGGCCACACCACAUGCCCGUGUCAUUGAGCUGCUCACCGAGGCCCACACUGAGGUCCACAUCAAGACCAUGCCAGCCACCACCUAUCGCCUGCUCACAGGCCAGGAGCAGCCUGUAUACCUGUGAUCAGCCACCAUCCCCACCACUGUGCCUUAGCCCCACUGGCCCUGGAAUUCCUGUCAGCGGCGCCUCCUUGGCUAGCCGGGACCAUGGAGGAUUCUUGGCUCUUUAUUAUUUUCUGAUGUAAAACAAUUAAAAGUUUAUCAAAUGGGUAAGGUCUCGGAUCCGGGUAUAUGGGGUUAAGAGAGGAAAGACAGGACUUAACUCUGGCACCCUUGUCCUUCCUGGAAGCCACUAGAAGCCAGUGCUGUGAAAAUGUUUAUUAAAGACCAGGUGGAAGGAGGCAGGGUUUGAGGUUAUAUAUGGGGAAACUGAGUCUGGGCUCCAGGGAGGAAAAGGGAGGGUGGGCCAGCUGGCCACCGAGGACGGGUCAUAGGUCAGUGGCUGGGCCCCAGUCAUAACCAUCUUCGUCAGAGGACUCCCGGUCUCGGGCUUGUGUAAACUUUUUCCUCACAGCUUCCCGCGCAUAUGUCCUGGGGAUCGGGAAACAGAGCAGAGGCUGUAGAUGGGGAGGGUGUGGACUUCCCUACCAUUAACUGAGGCUGACUCGGUGCUAGGCACACUGCAUGUGGGCAGAGAUGAGCAAGGCUGGGCAUUUGGGGGUUGGGCUUAUUAAUGAGCUCAACAGCCUUUAAAGCCCUAGCUCCAACGUCCCCUCCUUCAGGAAGCCUUCCUAGUCUUCCCAGAAAGGAUCCCUACUCCCACGGCCUUGACUCCAUGGGGCUUAGAGUGGCUCUGUCUUGCCUGCCAGUAUAGGAGCGCCACAACGGCACGCUAGGUUCUAGGUCUCUUCAUCCCCAUCCAAACCCUGAGUCCCAGGGAAAGGGUUGAGGGGCCCCACUCAGGAGUACAGAGGCUCUUACCUCAUGCUGUCCUGUCGACACUGACCCUGUGGGUGGCGGCUCUCCACCUUGGAGAGGGAGAAAGCAGGUUAACCCUUCCCCGAAAAGUAUGAUAAAUUAGGGUGGGUAACCACCCCCCUCCUACUUCCCCACCUUUGCCCAGGUGAUGCUACACACAGGCUUUCUCCUCGCCCCACCGCAAGUCUGCAACUGAUCCCCGAUUUUAAAUGAGAAAAUAGGACAGGGGAAGGCCUCGGCUAUCUCCUAUCCUGUUAGUAAGGGGGGA